AAAAAAAAAAAAAAAAAAAAAAAGAAAAGUACAAAUAUGUCUCGUAAUAAUUCUUGGUGGAAUUUUUCUUAUUCAGAACAAAAUUUAAUCGAACAAAAUAACAAUAAUAAUAAUAAUAAUAAAAUUAUUAUAAAUAAUAAUAAUAAUAAUAUUUUGGAAAAUAAUAAUAUUUCCUCUUCUACAAUUAAAGUUCGUCCUCGUUCUGAUAGUAUAACAAGUGAAACAACGGACGUUUCGGAUAACGCUUCAACUACUACUACUUUGGUUGAACCUUUAAUAUCGGAUAAUAAUAUUAAAGUUUCCAAUGCUAUCCCAAUACCAAAAAAUCAUAAUUCUCAAGUUAGAAAUCAUGACGAACAUAAACAUAAAUAUUCUUCUUCUAUUAGAAGUUGGUGGUCCUUUUCUACUUUAAAUACUCCUCAAAAAGAUAGUAAUAUAAUACAAAAUAAUAAUAUUUCAAUGGAUGAGAAAUUAAGAAUGACGAGUUCAAAUUUAAAUACUGAUAAAUCUAAAUCAAUAAGGCAUCAUGAUAAACAACCUUUAUUAUUAAAACAUGAUAAUGGUUCUUCUGUUAGUAUACUUACUCCUAUAAAUGAGGAUGGUCCUGUUAUAAAACAAAAAAUUAUUAAUCAUGAUUCAAUUUUACAAGAAAAUAAACCGAGAUCUUCUUCUCCAACUAAUUUAAAUAAAUUAGUUACUGAUUUAAAUACUGAAGAGAGUGUAAAAUUAUCAUCUUCUCAUUCUUCUUCUUCUUCAACAAAAAAUUGGUGGCUAUUUGGUGGUGGCGGUGCUUUAAAAGAUGCUUCCAGAGAUAUCUCACGAGAUGUUUCACGAGACGAUAAUAUUACUAAUAGUAAUAGUAACGGUAACAGUAAUAAUAGUAAUAACCAUAACAACAAUAACUCUAAUAAUAGCACCGCAAAUAACAUCACUACAAACAACAACAAUAAUAGUAAACAGACGGAUCAGGUUAAUAAUCCUGUUUCUUCUAAUAAAAGUCAUAUUUCUUCUUCUUCAUCUGAUAGUGAAAUUUCUUCUUCAAAUGAUAAUCUAAGAAAAAAGAGAGUCACAAAAAAUUCUUCUGAAAUACGGAGAUGGUCAUUAUUUGGUACUUGGUCUUCUUCUUCAACUACCUUGUUAGAUUCAUCUAAUGAUGGUGAAAAUAGUAAAAAUGCCCAUGAUGAUGAUCUCCCCUCAAAAUCUGAUCCUCUUUUACCUCCUUCAUCAUCAUCAUCUUCAAAAUCUUCUCAUUCAAGUAAUAGUUCUUUAAAAGGUGAUUCUUCCAAAGAAGAUUCAAAGGGUGAAAAUAAUACUUCGAAAAAUGAUAAAAAACAAAAACCUUUUAGAAAAUCAUCUAAUCCUUUAGUUAACAGUUUAUCUGAUAAUAAUUCUUCUUGGGUACAUUUCUUUCAAUCAAAAAAUGCUAAAAAAUUGAUCACUGAUGGUUCUACUUCUCAUCACGUUGAACAUGUGG